AGUGGGAGAGAUGGCGGCGGCGCUGUCGCGCUGCCCUCCAGGUUGAGUCGCCCGGUGCUUUUCCUGGUCUGAAGCGCCUCCGACGGGCUCUGCAGCAGUCACCAUGUCAGAGCCCGGCCACCUGGGCGUGAAGCGGGCCGAGUCGGCGAAGCUGCGGCGGGCUGAGCAAUUGAAGCGCUGGAAGGGCUCCUUGACCGAGCUGGAGCCGGUGACGCCCGCCCGCAGCCGGCAUCGCGGCGGGGCCCGGGUGCGCUUCGAGGACGGCGCGGUCUUCCUGGCCGCCUGUUCCAGCGGGGACACCGAGGAAGUGAAGCGGCUGCUGGCCCGCGGCGCCCGCCUCAACACGGCCAACGUGGACGGGCUGACAGCGUUGCACCAGGCCUGCAUAGAUGAAAAUCUGGACAUGGUAAAGUUCCUGGUAGAAUAUGGAGCCAAUGUAAAUCAGCAAGAUAACGAGGGCUGGACCCCACUUCAUGCAGUUGCAUCUUGUGGCUAUCUGAACAUAGCAGAAUAUUUAAUAAGUUGUGGGGCCAAUGUAGCUGCUGUGAACAGUGAAGGUGAAGUCCCAUCUGACCUUGCAGAGGAAGAAGCCAUGAAGGAUUUGCUUCAGGAACAAGUAAAGAAGCAAGGGACAGAUCUGGAUCAAGCAAGGAAAGCAGAAGAACAACAAAUGCUGCAGGAUGCACGACAGUGGCUAAACAGGCGGAAAAUUGAAGAUAGAAAACAUCCCCGAACUGGUGCUACUGCUCUUCACGUAGCCGCAGCCAAGGGCUACUCUGAAGUCAUGAGGCUCUUGAUUCAAGCUGGGUUUGAUGUGAAUGUCCAGGACAACGAUGGCUGGACCCCACUCCAUGCUGCUGCACACUGGGGAGUGAAGGAAGCUUGCUCUAUCUUGGCGGAAGCGCUGUGUGACAUGGACAUCAGGAACAAGUUGGGUCAAACACCAUUUGAUGUGGCUGAUGAGGGCUUGGUUGAACAUUUAGAGAUGCUGCAGAAGAAGCAGAACAUGCUGCGCAGUGAAGAGACAAGAAACAAGCUGAUUGAAGCUGAUAUGAAUGGCAAACUUCAAAGCAGACUGUUCAGAAAUAAAGAGAAGAUUCUGUAUGAGCCAGACACUCUGAAAUCCUUUGACCAUGAAGAGGAGAAUAAAGAGUCCAGUAGCUCCAGCUCUGAAGAGGAAGCUGAGGAAGACGAUGUUUCAGAAUCAGAUACUGAAAAAGAGGCAGAGAGAAAACAGGAGUCUGUUGCUAACCACACCAGUCAUGAGCCCCGAACUUUCAUCACAGAACAAGUGCCACCACCUGAGCAUAACACUUUCACUAUGGCUCCUGUCAGAAAAAUUACUAGUUCUUUGCUCAGCAAGCCAGAGGAGCAAAAGGAUGAAUCUCCCUCUUCUUGGAGGCUAAGUCUGCGGAAAACUAGCAGUCAGAACACAUUAAAUGAAAGCACUGCUCCUCGUGAUGCACUGAAAGAUAAGGGCGGUUCUAUCUAUCGCUCCUCUUCAACUCCUCGGAUUUCUGCAUUAUUAGACAACAAAGAAAAGCAGGACAAGGACAACAAAAUUUAUUUUGCUUCAGUAGCCCCUCGAAGAUUAAAUAGCACAGGAGACAUGGAAGAAAAAGAAAACCGAGAAUCUGCUGUUACCUUGGUACGGAGUGGUUCUUAUACUCGGCCAUUAUGGAGGGAUGAACCAAAGGGAAAUGAAGCCCCUGCAACUGGUGCACAUUCCACCUAUGUCUCUACCUACAUGAAAAGUGCUUCAUUUGGUAGAAGUAGUGACCUCAGCAGUCCCUACAUUUCAGCCAAUCGCAAUUCAUCUCCUGCUACCUCACCCACUGUCCUUGGUUCACCUACCUCACUGGGCACAGAGGGUCAGCUUGCCUCUUGCCCUGCACCUGUCAGUUCAAAUACUACAGCAUCUGGUCGCCAGUAUAUAAGAGCCCCUUACAGGCAGCAAACAGACUCUGCUGUAGAGAAGAGCACAGAAAACAUCUCCUCUAGCAUUCCAUUAAGUGUCAUAACGAAUCUUGCUGUGCCCAGUACUGCCAAUGGUGUCACAACUGCCAACUCUAACUCAACAACUGGAACAGAGUCCUCUACUGGGGAUUCCAGGGACCGGAGAAGGUCAUAUCUGACUCCUGUGCGGGAUGAAGAAGCAGAAUCCCUAAGGAAAGCCCGGUCCAGACAAGCUCGUCAGACCCGCAGGUCUACACAGGGAGUAACACUGACAGAUCUUCAGGAGGCAGAAAGAACUUUUAGCCGAUCUCGGACAGAGCGGCAAGCUCAGGAACAGCCAAGUGAAAAAUCUGACAGAACUGAGGCAGCUGAAGACAGCAGUGAGAAAGGAGAUGAGACUUCAGCAAGGGAAACCAGGGAGACUCUCUCACGGUGGAGUAGGAACUUGGAUGAAGACUCUGUCAGUCAACGAUUGAGGUGUCCAGUGCCAGACAAAACUACAAGCCCCAUCUCUCCAACAGUAACCCCCUUCCCUUACUCAAGUUCUCAUCUGCCAAGAACAAGUAGAUCUACAGCUUCAGACUCGGUGAACCCAGAAGACUUCCAAAGCACAGCUGUCGGUGACAUGGAGAAAAAUGAAUCUGAAGAUCAGAGUUUGGAUGACAGGUCUUCAAGCAAGCAGUCAGUCCGGGAGAGGAGGCGACCGAAGGAGAGGAGAAGAGGCACAGGAAUCUCUUUUUAUACAAAGGAUGAUGAAGAAAUGGGUGAUACUGAAGAGGUGAAGGAGCCUCGGCAUGAAAGACUUUCCAGGUUGGACACUGCAAGUUCAGCUGCUGGCACCAGCGAUAGCUAUGGUGAUCGGCCCUCAGGACGCAGCUCUGCCUACACCAGGAGAGAGAAUCGCCUGGCUGCCCUCAGUAGCAGAACGGAGGAUGACACUAGCAGGGAUUACAAAAAACUCUAUGAGAGUGCACUGGCUGAAAAUCAGAAAUUGAAGUCAAAACUGCAAGAUGCCCAGGUGGAGCUUGCUGACAUCAAAUCAAAGUUGGACAAAAUAGCCCAGCAGAAGCAAGAAAAAACCUCUGACCGUUCAAGUAUGCUUGAAAUAGAAAAACGGGAAAAACGAGCCCUUGAGCGGAAACUUUCUGAAAUGGAAGAAGGAAUGAAGGUUUUGACAGAUCUGAAGUCAGACAAUCAGCGGCUGAAAGACGAAAAUGGAGCACUCAUCCGCGUCAUCAGUAAACUCUCAAAAUAGUGCACUGAGCAGAGGAUGAACAUAAAGAGAAGAUGUCUGUGCAUAAGCUGCCAACUCUGCCCACUUGCUUCUGAUCCUCCAGUUCAAAGAACUUCUGGAAUUGUAGGGAUGGAUCGGUCGGUCAUGCCCUCCACUACUUUGCACCUUGCUGGGCUUUCUGAUAUUGCACAGUGUUUAUUCUUUGCCCCUAAAUGCACAGCAUGACCAACCACCAAUUCUAAUAUUUUUAGAAUGUUGAAAUAAUCCCAUCAUUCAAAGGGACAAAGAAUGGGUUAGAUUCCUCUGAACUACCCAAACAAUCUGCUGUAAUCCCUAUUUCCAUCCACCAUAACCCAGUGGAAAGAAGUAUCUACUGUAAUAAGUUAUAUAGAAAUGACUACACUGUGUUGAUCCAACAUGUCUUAAGGUGGUGGAGUAGGGUAUAAGGAAUGAAAUUGAGAAUUGUCUUGAAGAUGUGUUUAAUAUCCCUUCUGGAAUUUUGGAGUCUGCAAUGCUUUGAAUGCCACAGUGACUUAUUUUUCGGAGAGUCUAUGACAACAGUUACUUAACUUGGAGAUCUGAGUUCUCCAUGUGUCUCAGUAGCUGACUGACUUAUUUAAUGUAAGAUUUUAAAUCUAAUUUAACUUUGGGCUUCAGUGGUUCUUCUCCUUUUGUUUUUCACCUUUGUAGCCCACGUAUUGACGCUUUCUAUUGUUUCAUUCUAUAUAGUAGCCUUUUCUGGCAGUUUAAUAAUGCAAUUUUUGAUAGUACAAUUUUUUAGCCUCUGCCUUCUUCAGCUAACAUUUGCCUCCAUAAUUCUAAUGAAAAGCUCCUUACCAGCAGAAACAGUUUACCAAAUUCCCAGUUCUGUGAAUUAUCCAUGCAAGCAGUCCAUAUACACAAGACACCAACACACCUUUAUUAGCAAAACAGCACACUUAGUCUUUAAAUUAUAACACUGCACGAAAAAACCCUUUCAGUAUCUAGGCAAACAUGUAUAAUGGCGGUAAAUUUUCAAUAGAUGGUGAAAUCAGUUGAAGAUAUAAAUAUGUUUGGGUUGUGUAAAUCAGGAGAUGAAUGGAAAGACUGAGUAGAAGUGAUUAUCACUGUGGGAAGUGAUGGUCCUCAAUCCUGAUGGAAAGUCUUUCAUGCUGCACCAUGUUUGAUACUUCAGUAAUUUUUCUAUUGUGAACUCAUUCAUGUUUUACAUCUAGCAAGGAAGUUAACAGUAGGAUGGGCAUUGUUCAAAGCCUGUUUUCUGUUCUUACUGUAAAUGAAUGAGUUGACUGCCAUGAAUUCUUAGAAUGUGACCAUUUCAUGUUCUAUGUUUUACUACAGCCCAUAGGAACCAGCUUUUACCUGCAGAUCCUAACGAAAAGAUUCCUGGUCAAUAACAUGUCACCUUGUUCACUGGGCUGCCUCUUUUUCCCUUGUGUUCUUCCUCUUCCAAAGCAUGCUCUUGUUUUUAUGAAGUUGUUUGUGCCUGCACUUUCAGAAACUUUAGUUUUGUUAUAACUUUCUCACCAUUGCUUAGAAAAGAAUCUUUGGGGACUGAUGUCAGUCCCAAGAUUUAAGUGAGUUAUGUCAACGUAGGGUGCUCCUAGCUAUGCUCAGUGGGGCAAGAUGUUCUCCAUGUACAGUUGCUCUACUACGGAUCAGCUUCUAUAAAAAAAAUAUGAUUGGCUUUCAUAAUCUUUGGAUGUUCCCUAUCCAGAUGUGUGUGUUCGCAUCAACUUAAUAGAAUUGGAAAGAAUUCUCUUAAGAGCCCAUUCCCAUCACUGGAUUGGCCAAUGGAGUUGCUUCUGUUUUUUGGUUUCAAAUUCUAGCAUGGCGAACAUUUUAGCAUGCCAAUUUUGAACAGAAAGAAAGCAGAACCUGAAUUUUUCAGCAAACCCUACGCCUUAUAAACUUUGCAUUCAAACUCUUUUUUGUGGAACAUGCAUUCAGGUUUUUGGAUGGGUCAGUUACAUUGUACAGUUCCUUGUACUUCUACUGAUGUUAUCUAUUACUGUUAUAAAUUUACCUUUUUGUAUGUUUAGAGUUUUUGAUGCUUGCCUUACUUUGCACCUUUUGUCCCGGACCUAGAUAACCCAGGAACUAGUACUUGUCUUUGUAGAGUUAGGGCUAAUGUAUGUCCCGACUUCUUUUUUAAUCAUAUUUUCCAAGUUUCUGGCAUACUAGCUCAUUAUCUGGCAAGGAAUUUCAACUGAUCCUAUUUAUAACAGUCAGUUAUAAUCCAUUCUGUAGUGAGGAUCUGUAAUCACAUCCUACUGAAAUACGAUUAAACCAUUUACGCAGUUUCAUCUGGGUGAACUUAGUGGCAAAACUGUACAAGCUCAUAUAGGAUUUAAGAAGCACCAAAUAUGGUGCCAUAUGGAGUAGAUUUCUAAAGUUAGGAUCCAGUAUAUAAAUUUGCAUCCUGCCUAGGUUGGAAACUGAGCAAGUUAAUCCAGUUGACUAGUCAAAGUACGUACUUGGUACUAGAGAAAUAAUGGCUGUGGGGUCAUUGAAAGCAGUUUUCAUACACCUGGACUUUCUGGACU